CCACAGAGAUGGAGGCAGCAAGAAGGAGAAAAUUGGGACCCAUCUGCUGGGCUCCCCCACCGUGAGUUGGGAAUUUUCCCAUGACCGAUAACCGCUUCAGUUUGCUCGGUGUACUGAGGUGUGUUGCUUUGCAGGGCAGUGUUUUACCUGGUCUGGGCCGGAUGAGCAAAGAUAACUGGGUGAAACUGGGAACCCCGAAGGAUGUCUGGAUCAAACAGCUGCAGGGCCUGCAGAGAUACAGUUUCAUCGCUACCCGUCACAGGUCAAGGUGGGAAGUCAAAGGAGAUCUGUGUUUAGUCAGUCUGGUGGGACAUCAGGCUGAGGAUUGAGUGGCACCAGCAAGACCAGAGGCUGGUUUUGUGAGAUGUCAGAAACUCAGCAAGGCUGGGCCUGGUCAGUACUGGGAUGGGAGACCUGAGGAAAACCAGGUUGCUGCUACAAGUACUGUGGGUGGACCAGUAGGGGGCACUGUUCCCUCCAAACCAAUAUCCCACUAUCGUGACCAUAUGGACUGAGUGCUGUUAGAUGAGCUGCCUAUUCAAUGGCACUGUUAGUAAGUGGGUUUCCUUCCUCCUUUGUCCUUACCAGCUUUGGUAAGGCAUCUUACGAAAUACAAGUUUGGGAAAAAAAAAAGACGAAUUGCUAUACACUCGACUUUUUGCACAGCACAGCACGGGGGGUUUGUUAACUUCCUUAACGUGAUUCUAAAAAAAAAAAAAGUAUUUCAACGCUGCCCGUUUCCCCAAACCUUUAUGCUCUUUCUAAAGCAAUACAUCUCUUAACACGUUUUACAACGUUUACGUAUUUUCAAACGCGGUAACAUAAUAUUCCCUUACAAAACGCGCAAUGUGGUGCAUUAUAAUCACGCAUUACGGGGAUGCACAGGUGUCCACACAGUGCCGUACAUUAUUACGAAUUACAUUAUUUACAUUAUUAAUACUUAUUUUAAUGCGCGGAAGAAAGUCAUAAAAGCAACUCUAACGCAUAGUUGGAUGCUUUUGGAUAUAGCCCCCUGCUCAAUUCCCUUUUUUUUUCCUGAACCGCAUCUAGCAAGCAACUCCCCCCGGCGCUACCGCGACGUGUUCGUCUCACCCCGUUUUAAUACCGGGCUGUCCGCGACGUGACGGCAGCAGGGUUCACGGUGGAGACGUGUAACUUAGCGUGUGGGUUAGCCAGGUGACUGCACCGAAAGCAGAGCGCCGGCCGCACUCGCGAUGAGCGCCGGCGCUGUGGUGGCCGUGUCCGCCCGUGUGUGUGCGAGGGAAGAUGGCGGAGUCGGGCGGUGGGGAGUUCGUCCCGGACAGCCCGCAGAGCAGGGGGGGGUUUGUCUCUUGCAGCAUGGCUAACAAGAACAGCACUCUGCGGUGCACCUUCUCAGCCCCCAGCCACAGCGCCACCCUCCUGCAGGGGCUCUCUGCCCUGCGCGCCCAGGGCCAGCUGCUGGAUGUGGUGCUGGCCAUCAACGAGGAGCGCUUCCAGGUCCACAGGGCUGUCCUCGCCUCCUGCAGCGACUACUUCAGGGCCAUGUUCACGGGUGGGAUGCGGGAGGCCACCCAGGAUACGAUUGAGCUGAAGGGCGUCUCGGCGAGAGGGCUGAAGCACAUCAUCGACUUCGCCUACAGCGCUGAGGUCACGCUGGACCUCGACUGCAUCCAGGACGUGCUGGGGGCGGCGGUCUUCCUUCAGAUGGUGCCCGUGGUGGAGCUGUGCGAGGAAUUCCUGAAAUCUGCCAUGAGCGUGGAGACGUGUCUGAACAUCGGGCAGAUGGCCACCACCUUCAGCCUGUCCUCUCUGAAGGAGUCGGUGGACGCCUUCACUUUCCGCCACUUCCUGCAGAUCGCAGAGGAGGAGGACUUCCUGCACAUCCCCCUGGAGCGCCUCGUCUUCUUCCUGCAGAGCAACAAGCUGAGGAACUGCAGCGAGAUCAACCUCUUCCACGCCGCCAUCCGCUGGCUGCAGCACGACGAGUCCCGGCGCGCCGGGGCCAGCCAGGUGCUGUGCCACAUCCGGUUCCCCCUCAUGAAGUCCUCGGAGCUGGUGGACAGUGUCCAGACGGUGGACAUCAUGGUGGAGGACGUGCUGUGCAGACAGUACCUGCUGGAGGCCUUCAAUUACCAGAUCCUACCAUUCCGGCAGCACGAGAUGCAGUCGCCCCGGACGAUAAUCAGGUCAGAUGUGGUGUCGCUCAUAACAUUCGGGGGCACGCCCUACACGGACAACGACAGGACAGUGAGCAGCAAGGUCUACUACCUCCCAGAUAUUAGUGCCCGCCAGUUCAAAGAGCUGACAGAAAUGGAGACGGGCUGCAGCCACGCCUGCGUUUCGGUCCUGGACAACUUUGUCUACGUGGUGGGAGGCCAGCACCUGCAGUACCGCAGUGGGGAGGGCGCAGUGGAUGUAUGCUUCCGCUACGACCCACACCUCAGCCAGUGGCUGCGGAUUCAGCCCCUGCAGGAGAGCAGGAUCCAGUUCCAGCUGAACGUGCUGCAGGGGCAGCUGUACGCCACAGGGGGGAGGAACCGAUCGGGGAGCCUGUCCUCCGUGGAAUGCUACUGCCCCAAAAAGAACGAGUGGACCUACGUGGACUCGCUGAAACGGAGGAUAUGGGGGCACGCCGGGUCUUCCUGCGCAGGCAAGCUGUACAUAUCUGGGGGGUACGGUGUUUCGGUCGAGGACAAAAAGACCCUUCACUGCUAUGACCCAGCAUCGGACCAGUGGGAGUUCAAGUCCCCAAUGAAUGAACCAAGAGUGCUGCACGCGAUGGUCAGCGCCAACGGGCGCAUGUACGCUCUCGGAGGCCGGAUGGACCACGUCGAUCGCUGUUUUGAUGUUUUGGCUGUGGAAUACUACGUCCCGGAGGCUGACCAGUGGACUACGGUGAGCCCCAUGCGUGCAGGGCAGUCGGAAGCUGGGUGCUGCUUACUGGACAAGAAGAUCUACAUUGUAGGGGGCUACAACUGGCACUUAAAUAACGUCACAAGCAUUGUCCAAGUGUAUAACACGGAGACGGACGAAUGGGAACGGGAUUUGCACUUCCCUGAAUCUUUCGCGGGAAUAGCCUGUGUACCAGUCAUACUUCCACAAACAACAGCUCAGCGGUAACCGUUCACUGGAGCGCAUCUCUCCCAUGAUGGUAGCGUGAACGUUCUGGGAACAUUGCAAUAAAGACCAAAUCUUCUCCACUUCAAAUAAUCCUGCUGGUUUCUAAAAACAGAACCAGAACCUAAGCAAUUUUGGUAUUUUUUUCUUAACGUCUUUAAAUCUGUUUUUCAAGAAAACCGAACAACAUGUCAGAGUGCUGAGUUUCUCCCUCCAGAUUUAAGAGCAUUUCACACUGUACAGCAGGGUGUCCUUUCAGGUUUAUUGACUAAUUAUGUACUAAUGUACUAAUUCGUUAAUUAUUUUGUGUGAUAAUUAAUUGAACGUGUCCAUUUUGGUAAGAAAGUAAGCUUAAUUACAAGACGUAAGCGGCCAAGUGUUUAUGCUGGUCAUAAAAAUUUAACACCAUGCAAGCUGUUUUUGCAGCUUAGCUUUCUGGAAUCUGCAGCUUUGCUCUUUGAACAAAAUGAAAUUAUAUGUGAGAUAUGAUUUGACGAUAAAUGAUAGCCUCAACCUUUUUAAAAUGUGCAUGACUAUCUUACCAGUUUGGUUCUGGUUGAAUGAAUUGUAUCUUAUCUGGUGAGAUUCAAACAUACCCUUGCCCUUAACAGUUCUGAUCCGAAGAUGAAAUCAGAAAGAUUUUUAUUUUCCACUCCUGUAUCUGUCUUUGUUCUUGCCUUUUCUUUUUCUGUCACCAGUUUUACUUUUCAUUGCUGCAGAUCUACUGCGUGGGCAUCAGCUCCAGCAUAUUCUAAAUGUGGCAGAAGGAGAUCUUCAGACCACCCUUUAAGAAAGGAACAUGAAAUAGAAUAAAGUAUUCUUCUGCAGUGUAGUGCCUGGAGGUAAUGGAGCCACCUAAUUAUUCUGCAGGAGACACUACAAUGGAUGAAGGCAUGGGUUGAUAAAACUGGAAAACCCAAAUGAUUAUACCCACAGAGAUAAAGCAGUUUCUAUGCUCUUGCUCUGUUACAAAGUAAGGCACUUAUUUGGAACUAAAGCCUCUCGUCUUUCACACAGGAACGGAUAUCUUGCGCGAAGGCGCAGGAGGCAGCUGGGGCUGGAGUCUCUUGAGUACUUGAGAUUGGUGGAAAUUUCCGAGUUUGUUAGCCUGUCACUUGCAGAACCGAAGUCUGCCGUGGUACAUGAAAGAAUCUCGGCUUCUGUAUUAGAAGGAUCAUGCAUUUUGAGUUAUUGCCAUCCCUAUGGGAUAUAAAAAACAACUUUUUUUUCCUGUGAGGCGUCACGGUUUAUUUGCCAAGCACAAACUUGUCCUUGAGAUUGGUCUGUCUGGGAUGAUGGUGUAAUGGUUAGCAAAGCUAACACACAUGUCACCAAUUAUUCUGAUGUCCUCCCAUCUUCCAAAGACAUACAGACUAGGAUGCACUAAAUAGAUGUGUGACUGAAACAGAACCAAAUGCACAUGAUUUUUUCCCCUUUCUUGCACCAUAUUCGCUAAGCACAUAAACUAAUGAAAAUGGAAAGAUGUAUGUACAGUAGGUGAUUGAUGGCAUGUGAAAUUCUAGGAGGUUUGUAUGUGUUUUAUCCACAAUACCACAAGUUAGAGUGAAAUUAAAGCAGUUGAAUCCUGCUGUACCAAGCAUCGAUUAAAUUGUUUUUAUUCAGGCAAGAUCAGCUGUCACCUAAGCCUACAGUUUGCUGGGGUUAUGGUUUUAAAGUACUGAUCCAGGAAGACCUGAUUGUAAAGAAAUUUUCAGCCUGUCAGUAUGUGCAGUGUCUUAGUGGUUUGGACUGGUAUCUCUGUGAUUUCCAAACUGGGAGAGAGUAUUGUAUUUUCUGUGUAUUUUGCAUGUUAAGACCUGGAAUGUAUGUUUUAUCAGUUUAAUCCUGCUUCUACUUGAUAUUCUUCCAAAGGGAGAAGAGGGAUUGAUUAUCCCAUUUUAUCUGGGAUGUUUUCUUUGGGUUAUUUGCUAUUGGGCCAGAUUUAUUAUGUUGGGUUUUUUUAAUUUGUAACUAAAUAAAUCAGUUCUAAAUGUUUUCACCAAGGUGAACAGAAAAUCUUAAUUUAAUUUUAUGGGUUUUUAUGGGUUUUAAGUUACUUGAAAUUACAAUCAACCAAUUGUGAUUUUUUUUUUUUAUUUGGACUGGCAUUUUUUAUUUCUGUACAAAUUCCUUUUUAAAUCUGGCCCUGGUCUUUCAUUUGCAUGAUUUGCAACUACCUGAGGAAUGUAUUAUGAUAGUCUAAUCAUGUUAUUUACACCAGAUUGUGUGUUAUUCUUUGCAGAUUGAUAAAGCUACAAACUAAGUUGUUUUUUUAAGUGUUAUAAGCUAACUGUUCUGAAACCUAGUCGUUGCCCUUGUAUAUACUAAACGUUUUUGUAAACGUUUUUUGUCACCACAUGGCUACAAUCUCCUGACGUCAAGGGAGUAGGACAUGAAAGGCAGUCUGAAUGUGGUGGUUUGAUAAUCUUCAGCUCUUUGACUGUGAUGGGUAGAUGGUGUUGGAAAUGGGAUAUUUCAUAUCUAAAGUUGGAAGUGGUUUGGGCUCUAGAAUCGGAACUAGAAGGCUGUGAGUGUCCCUACAGCAGACGCUGCUGUAGCACUCCUGAGUACAGUCCUUCAGUCCUGCUGCUCAAGUCCGCUGUGAAGCCUGUAAUGGAGUAGCAGGUGGUCUUGACGCCUUCAGUCCUCUGGGAUCAGAUCGAGGCUUUUGAGUCUCUGUGCUCGAGAACGGGCUUAAAUGUGUACAGUACAGCUUCUCUAACAAUUGUAUGUUUUUUCAAGCGGAUGUUCGACAAUCAUAAAGGAUUGUUUCUCUUUUGGUAGAAAGUACUGUAAACCUGCUCUAUGAUUUUUCACCCUUAAUAAGCUCAUGUAGGACGGUGCUAUUUCAAUCACCUUUCCAAAACUACACCUGAACACCUCUCUAAAACACACUUUUGCAUGCACUGAAAGGAGCACAGUCUUUAGUUUAGAGAUAAUCUGGGGUCCUCCUCAGUACAAAGGUGUGCAUGCUUUCUGUCUUGUAACUUGUGACAAAAGCAGCAUUCCUUUCCCUGGAGCAAUAACCAGCUGCUGCUGUCAUUUGUAAUUACAAUUAUGCAACACAUGAUGAGACCCUUAUCUGAAAUACAGGAUGCAGAUCCGUGUUACAAAUCCCAGAGGUGGAGCAAUUUGGAAUACACCUCUGUAAUACAGAUAAAAUAGAAGUAAUGCUGAAUUACACUGAUUGCCAAAUGACUGGAUGUGGAAAUUUUGGUCUCUCCUUUUGAGUGACUUUUGCCAUGUUGCAGUCUUUCCUGUGCAAUUGCAAAACAAACUUUGGCAUCAUUUAAGGACUGCAUAUUAAUUGGGUGUUAAUUUUACAGUUGUGACAUGUUGUCUGCCUUCAUACUACCCUUUAAUCUUCAGUUGUGUUAACCAUCUUGAGAGACAGCAGUGGCUUAGAAGGGUGGAAGGCUGAAGGGGGAAGAGAUUUAACAUUGCAACCUCCUUGUGAUGGGGGAAGUGAUUUAGUGCUGCACCAGCCUCAUGAUUCUAGCAUUCUGGUGGCAUGGGGGUAGGUCAGGAAAAAAUACACAUUCAGCUCUUCAAUGCUUUUCUGUAAGGCUUCAGCAGCUAAAUUGAAACGUUAGGCGGAAUGCCUCUUCAUGCCAAGUCAUUUUACUUCCCUCAGAAACCCAGUUUGACAAACUGAACAGCAGAUGUUAAAACCAUCUUUUAAAGUAGCUUUUUGACCUUUAAAAAUACAAAGCUAUUACAUUUUUUGAUGAUUUAUAGAUUGCAUAUUUGUCCACCCUUCAACUAGUUCUGCUGAAGAUAUAGGAUUGCUUCUGCAAAAGUGGUCCAGUAAACCCACAAAUUUAAUUCCUGGUUCAAUGGCAAGACUUACAUUAAUUAAUGUCAUGUAUAAGCCAAGCUCUCGUGUUCAUGGGAACGCUGUGAACUCUCGAAGGUUGUUAAUGAAUGGACUUUGGAUGUAAAACCACCAUCUGUCUGCAUUUAUCUGUGGCCAAAGACUGAAACAGCCUUGGAACAUUGGUCUGCUCUGCCUACUGUCAUUGAUCAGCUCGCAGUAGAAGUGGAGUGAUUGGCAUCCCUCUUCCAGCACUCUAGUGCUUGAGCUCUCAGCACUUUUCUCAUCGGGUUAAAACAGUCAGAACUUUGUAAACUUUUUUAUGAAUAGAAAAUACUGAUCUUUUGUCAUACAAAAACAACCAAUUACUAUUUGUCACAGUAUUUAACAUAGAAUGUACUUCUUUCACAGCCAGCUUUUAGAUUGAGUGGGCUUCUGUCCAUCUUGUUCCAUUGUGUAUUGAAUUGUUUUAAUCCAUGUUCUCAGUACGAAGCUCUUGUGUGUGCAGUUGUUUAAUUUUUUUUCUCCCAAGAUAAAACUGUAUGGCUUGCUGGCAAGUAUUGUACAAUGUUAUUGUCAGUUGCUUUGGGUUUGAAAUUGCAAAUCUAUUCUGUUUCAGUUUUACAAUUCAAUUUUGAAUUGAGAGAUUUAAAACUGGAGGUUAUAAAUGAGAUCAAUUGGUCUGAUCCUUCUGUGCAGUCCUGUGUCAGAUUUUUAUGAAGUCCUGUAUUUGCAAUCUGCUCUGUUUGCGUCAAAAGAAGCCUGGAAUGUGACUAAUAAUAUCAGUCACUUGACAAUAACUUUUAAAGCCUUGAACAAGGUCAGGGUAAAAAUAGCAGUUGUAUAAAUUUAAAUCAUGUUUGCAGUACGGGACCUAGCAAAUCAAUUUGCAUAUUACAGGAAUUUUAAACUUAAAACUGGGCCACUGUCUUUUUUUUCUCUAAAUGGAGAAAUUAGGAGCAUUAUAAUCAUACGUCAUCCCUGGAACAAAUCCAUGUGCUUCAGUGUAUUUAUCUGGAUCAGACAGAAAGGACGAUAUAUAUGAAGGGAAUGUUGGCUGUUGGUUCUAUUAGUAGUACUCUGAAGGACGGGUAGAUUUCAGAAAGAUUUCUGAGGAUAGCAAAAUUAUCUUAACAAUACUUAGUAUGUCUAAAACUAAAUGUGUUUUUGUUAGCAGUUUUAUGGAAUAUAAAUAUGUUCUGAGUUAGAUGUAGUGAUUGUUUUCAGUUGCAGGUAAUUUCUGAAGCUUUGGACUACUUGUGCAGAUGACCCCUUUUUCGGGAUAUAUGAACAAAUUUGUAUCCCAUGUUUUCCUGUCUCUACAAAACAGUUCCGGUGUUUGAAGUGUGGUGCCUGAGUUAGUUUCUGCCUUCACUAACUGCACAAAGCCCCCUCAAAAAACACAUUGUCUUUUGGUUUUCUGUUCUUUGUAUUUGAUACACGUGCUUUGUGGAUGUCGCAAUUUGGGAAUGCUUUUCUGUGUUUCUAUUAUAGUAGCUUUUGUCUUAUUUAUUAAAUAAAGAUCAGGUGGUUUAGAUUUUUUUUCCUUCUGUAAUAAUCAUCUUAAUAAAAUGGUACACCUUUUUUGUUUUUGUGA